AUGGACCCUCUGAUUUUUACCUAUGUCAGAUUUCUUCUUCCUCUUUCAUUUUCUCUCUCCUUUACCUUUCCUUUUCACUUCCUUCCCAGAUCUAGGUAUUUCUCAAACGGAAGCUGCCGUUCUACUACUUCAAUUUGGUCCUUUAGAAUUGGGGUGCAGAUUUUUGUAGCCCUGGAGGAAAUUGCCACAUUGGGACUACUACAAAAAAAAAAAAAAAAAAACAGUUGACCGCGAAGGCUGAAGAGAUUCCCGUCUUCCUAAUUUAAAACAGGAGGAUGGUAGCAGUUUCAGAGCCUAAGGAACUUAAAACCACGAUUUUUAGUGCUUACGGUACAUACUGGUGGCUUGUUCAAAAGGCCCAUUCCAUGCAUAUGUUCUGAGGAGCAAAUCCCAGCAAGCAAUAUGUGGUUUAGGAAUUGUGUCGAACAGGUGGCGAGCAACUUCAAUCUCGCCAGACGCGAUAUAUGCAGCGACCAGCUUUUCAAGCGCGACAUAGUUCUUAAUUUUGGUAUUGUUCUUGUUCCUCUCCUAGAGAUACCACCGCAUUGGCUGAAAACAGAAGCCUUUGGAAAACUUGGGAAAAGUGACAAAAAUGGAAGCUUUUUGAUAUUGAGUUUUUUAAGCAUGAAAGGAGAAAAGGUUUCAUUUUUGUGCAUUGGGGGGACGCUUGAUACCUCUGCAAACCCAGACUCUGGGUUUUCUCAAAUGAUGGAGAAGCAAGUGAUGAUUGUCGCCGUCGAUGACAACCAGCACAACGCCUACGCGUUGGAGUGGACACUCGAUCACUUCUCCGUUCCUCAAGGUGAUAGUGCCUUGUUUAAGCUCGUCAUUGUUCAAGCCAAACUUUUGCUACUACUACCAUCGGCCUUCUUCUUCUCUCAAACCCAGAUUUGGGUUUUUCUCAAACGGAAGCCCGAUUCUCCGACUUCAAUUUGGUCCCGCAGAAUUGGGGCGCAUAUAUCUGCAAAACAGAGCGAAGACGGAGGUUUUCCUUCUUUCUUUUUUAGGGCUAAAUGGGGUCCAUGACAAGUAAAAGGGAAUAAAGGGUGCCACGGUGU